CCGGAAGGCGCCGCGCUCCCUCCCGGCCGCUGAGUGGCGGCGGCGCGUCACGUGUGCGCGGCCGGGCCGGGCCGAGCCGAGCCGAGCCGAGCCGGGCCGGGCUGGGCUGAGGCGGGAGGCGGCGGCGGAUUGCACGGCACUGCCCCGGGGCGAGGCGCGGAGCGGCGGUGCGACAUGUCCCACCAGACCGGGAUCCAAGCUAGUGGAAGUGUUAAAGAUACCUUUGUUGGAGCAAGAAAUGGACAAUACAGGCUUUUAAAAAUAGUCAUUGACAAUGAGCAGCUUAUUGUGGGAUCCUCUAGGCGGCCAGUUGGAUCAUGGGAAAAGGAUUAUGAUGCCUUUGUCCUUCCCCUUCUUGAAGACAAGCAACCAUGUUAUAUAUUAUACAGAUUAGAUUCUCAGAAUGCUCAAGGAUAUGAAUGGAUCUUCAUUGCGUGGUCACCUGAUCAUUCUCCUGUUCGUCAAAAAAUGUUGUAUGCAGCAACGCGAGCAACACUUAAGAAAGAAUUUGGAGGUGGUCAUAUUAAGGAUGAAGUAUUUGGAACUGUACAGGAUGAUGUUUCACUGAAUGGAUAUAAAAAAUAUUUGAUAUCGCAGUCCUCCCCUGCACCUCUGACUGCAGCAGAAGAGGAACUUCGACAAAUUAAGAUUAACGAGGUACAGACGGACGUUGGUGUAGAUACCAAGCAUCAAACAUUGCAAGGAGUAGCAUUCCCCAUUGCAAAAGAAGCUAUUCAGGCUUUGGAGAAAUUGAAAAAUAAGAAACUGAAUUAUGUACAACUGCAAAUUGAUAUGAAAAAUGAAACUAUUAUUUUGGCCAACACGCUUCAUACUGAACUUAAGGACUUGCCAAAAAGAAUUCCAAAGGAUGCUGCGCGUUACCACUUUUUCCUGUAUAAGCAUGCCCAUGAAGGAGACUAUUUGGAAUCCAUAGUUUUCAUCUACUCUAUGCCAGGAUAUACCUGUAGUAUACGAGAACGAAUGCUCUACUCUAGUUGCAAAAGUCCGCUGUUAGAAAUUGUAGAAAGACAGCUGUGGAUGCAGAUAAUUAGAAAGAUUGAAAUAGAUAAUGGUGAUGAGUUAACUGCUGACUUUCUUUAUGAAGAGGUUCAUCCAAAACAACAUGCUCACAAACAAAGUUUUGCUAAACCGAAAGGUCCUGCGGGGAAGAGGGGAAUACGAAGACUGAUUAGAGGUCCAGCAGAGACUGAAACACCGAGUGAUUAGAAACUGUUGUUUGCAUUUGUUAUAAAGUAUUACAGUAAGAAAUUAAAUUCUGGCUUUUGGUGAUGAACUGAAAUCAUUCCAUUCAUAGAUGCUAGGGAAAAAAAAAAGGCUCUUUUUACUCUUCUGUCUUCUGACCUCAACACUUUUUAUAUUGUUACAUGAUUAUAUUUGUUGACCGUGUUUUAUAACAUGUGGAAGAGCUAAUUAUUGUAAAGCUAAAAGAGGAAGACUAAGCUAGUACCCCUUUAUUUUAAAUUAGAAUCCAUUAUUUAAUAGCUGUACAUGUGAUCAUAAACUUUGCAGACAUAAGACUGUGGCCCGUGUAUUUUGUGGGUAAGUUGCAGCUCUGUACCUAGAGAACAGACCUGUCGUCUUAGGAGUAGCCUGUUGAAACCCGUGAGACUUUCCACGUGAGAAGAGCUGAAGGACUAUACAGCAUUGUCUCAGAUAAAUCCUUAGUUUUCCUUGUAGCUCUUAUGGACAAUAGUACUAUAGAAGUUUUUGCCAUGGUGCAUUGUUGGGUUUUGUUGUUGUUUGGUUUGGUUUUGUUUGGGGUUUUGUUUUUUUUUUUGUAAUAGAAAAGAUAAACUCAAAUCCGUUAUCCAUCAAUUAAUGCAAGUGUUCAGGAACAGCUGGAUAUUUUCCCAUGCAAAAGCAUGCUCAUUUCAAAUUUAUAACUAAUUUCAUGGAAUUAUCUUUUAAAGAAAUAUGACAUAAAACCACUAAAGCUUUUCCAGACUUCUAUACCACUCAUCCGCCUUACAUAUUAAGUACUGAAUGACCAAGUAAAAGGUGAUUAAAAGUGCAUGAGUUAGUAUACUCAGUAGAUUAUGGAGCUGCUUUUGAAGCAAUAUGCUUAAAGUUUCUAAUAAAUAAUUGAUUAUCUAUGCACUUGGAUCUAAAACUGUGUAAGUUCAGUAAAAAUGGAAAUAGACUUGCUUCAUAAUGGUGAGUUAUUCUUGAGAUUCUAGUGUGUUAGCAGUAUCAACUGCAGUUUUAACUUUCAAAGUAUUUUGAAAAUGACUUUUCCUGAACGUUUGAACUUUAAUAGUAACUUAAAUCUGUAACAAAAUCCAACUAGGUCUUGAAUAACUGCUGGCAGCACCUGGUUAGGAUUUUUUCUUUUUUUUUUUUUUUUCUUUUUUCCCCUCCCUCUUCCCUUCUCCAAAAUACUAAAAUCACCCAGAAUAGUCUAAACUUGAUUGAACCAUGAGUAAUGUGUUUAAUAGGAAGAAGAAAAUUAGAUUAUUUUAAUAAGUGGAUUAAAAAAGCAUUAGAUGUGGAAAUCAAGUAUUGGAUGACCGUAAAUAUUUAAAAUUGUGUAAUGAGGCAAAUACUAGCGGAGAGAUUAUAUUCCCCAGUGGGGACUUGCUUUUUAGUGUCUUGUAUAUGAGCUUUGUGUUCUUUGAAAUUUUUUUUUUUAAAGCUACAUGGGAGUUGGCAAGUCUUGGUUCACAGCGUAUUAUCAUAGAUGCUGGGUGUACACAUUAUAGAGCUGAAUCACGUGUUUACCUGGUGGAAGACAGAUUUUAACCUAGUUUUGUAGGGAAAUAAUGCUUUGACACUACUUAGCUCCUGAUAAAAUUUGUUUUAUCUUCUAUAUUUUUUUGUUUGGAGAUACUAGCUUGUUAUUGACGUCUGGGAUUGCACUACAUAAUGUGAAGAUUGGAAUAGUUUUGGGUUUACUGUGGUUUUUUCUACGCUGUAGAAAUUUGACACCUCACCUUUUUUCAUUUAAUCUGAUACACUACAUCACUCCAAUUCAAUAGCUCUUGAUCCUCAGCUAAUCUGCUUGCCCUUAGCUACUGUGUUCUUUUUCUGCCUCUUGCCUUCUCCCUCUAGGGCAAGGAGCUGCCCUUUGGAGUGUUUCGUUUAUGAAGUACCUGUCAGGCAAAUGUCAUUGUGUUUUUAAACAUGAUUAAUGUGUGCACAGCUCAUUGUUCACCGUAAUUAAAUGUAUUUUUAGUUGAACUCAAUCUUUUCAGCACACCCACUUCACUUUGGUUUGGUUUUUGGUUUGUUUGUUUGUUUGUUUGUUUUGUUUUGUUUUUUAAAGGGAAACCUUUGAAUGUAGCAGUUAAAAAUUACUGCUGGAGGGUUUUUUGUUUGAAUUUAGUAUUCCUGCCCACGCGUCAGCCAUACCGAGAGUGCACAUACAUUUUUACGCUUAUUUGAGCCAGUAAAGAAGUUCAGCUUUUUGAUACCAAAUGUUUUAAAUAAUGAAGAGUUUGACCUGUUACGGUUAUGUGCAUGUUGUGUUUUGUUUCGUGUUUUUUUUUUUUUUCCCUAAUCCUGACCUAGGCAGAUGAGGAUAGGAGGUAGAAAGCUUAAUCUGGAGGAUGCUGAGAGCUGGUUAAGUGAUUAUGUGAGGGUCUUUAUAAUGAGCUGCUUUAGAGUUUGGCCCAAACCAGGCAUUGUAAAUUCUCUUCCUUCAAAAUAUUCUAUGUGGGUGUACAAACCCCCGACCAGCCAGCAGAAAGUCAUGUCCUGAGCUUAUUUCCCCCUCGCCUUUCCCCGAGGAGAUAACCGUGUGAAGUCUUGCGCUGCCGACUGCCCCUCCAGGCCUCUCGUAGCUGUUCUCCUGACAUAGCAAUAAGAAGCAUCUGAUGUUUUUGGAAAAUCUGUCACGUUUACAUCUGCGUAGUUGCCUCACAUAACACUACUGCUGUUAAUGAAUGUUCAGAGCCAGCACAAAAUGAGGGCAUUAAUGAAAGUUAUUCCUUAACUGUCUCUGGUCAUUUAAUAAUUGAAAGUGUCCGUUCAAAUUAUUGUUGGCCUUCAUAAAGCCCAAAAGCAAUGCAGCUGCUUGCACUUAACUCACAAGCUAUUAAAUAGUUAAUUAAAAUGACAGGUAAUUAUUUUUGAAAUGUUUCUGUUGCAAGGUAGGAAGUAUUUGAUCUUUUAAAACACUCCUAUCAGAGGUUUGUAAAACUAAUCAAGGUAAUAAUUGCUCUAUUACUUGGAUAAACACAUUGAUAAAGGAAACUUUGGAUUUACGGUGUCUAUAUAUUCAAUGAAAACCACCUUCAGAUGCUAAAAUUAACUAAGUUUACCUUAUCUAUUUUGUAAUUUACUUUAUAAAUAAAGAUUGAUGCUUUA